CUGCAGGAAGCAGCCUUCUAUUGGAGAGUCCAGCUGGAGUAUGAGAGCAUCUCAGCACACCUGAACAGGAGGAACGGAGGCCAGGAGCCUGUCGCAGGGCGGGAAGAUGGGCUGACCUGGGCCGACCUCGAGGCAGAUGACCAGUGAUGGCCGCGGCAUCGCCUGGACUAUUUGAGGAUGAUGUCAUCAAGGCAGAACGGGAAGAAGAACUGCUGAAGUCACUUGAGAGCAUCCUUCUCACCGCCGGGCUGUCAAUCAUCAUCGUCAUGACGGUGUUUGGAAACCUGCUGGUCAUGGUGGCGCUCUGCAAGGAUCGAAAUCUACGGAAGAAGAAGACCAACUACUUCAUCGUCUCGCUGGCUUUUGCCGACCUGCUGGUGGCGCUGGUGGUCAUGCCCUUCGCCGCCAUCGAGCUGACCACCGGCGUGUGGAAGUACGGCCGGCUCUUCUGUCUGGUGCGGACCUCGCUGGACGUCCUGCUCACCACCACUUCCAUUCUGCAUCUCUGCUGCAUUGCACUGGACAGGUACUACGCCAUCUGCUGCCAGCCUCUGGUGUACAGACACAAGAUGACCUCGCUCAGAGUGGCGGUGAUGCUCGGUGGCUGCUGGCUCAUCCCCACCUUCAUUUCCUUCUUACCCAUAAUGCAAAGCUGGAACGCCAUUGGCAUCGAGGAUAUUAUGGAGGAGAGGCGGUCGUCGGCGGGAGGCUCCAACGACACAAGUUGCGUGUUUGUGGUCAACCGUCCGUACGCUCUGAUCUGCUCCACGGUGGCCUUCUACAUCCCGCUGGCCCUCAUGGUCCUGGCCUACCAGCGCAUCUACGUCACCGCCAUGAGCCACGUGCGGCAGAUUGAGACGCUGCAACGCGCCGGCUCCGCCCCAGUGACCCCCGCCAGCAUCAUGAGGUCAUCGGCCUGCUCGGACCACCACCACUUUAGGACGGAGCAGACUCCUCUGGCCCACAGUCGCAUGCAGGUCGAGACCAAAGCGGCAAAGACCCUGGCCAUCAUCAUGGGCUGCUUCUGCCUGUGCUGGGCGCCCUUCUUCAUCACCAACGUGGUGGACCCCUUCAUCCACUACUCCGUGCCCUGGCAGCUAUGGACAACGUGGCUUUGGCUCGGCUACAUCAACUCGGGCCUCAACCCCUUCCUCUACGCCUUCCUCAACCGGGCUUUCCGGAGGGCCUUUCUGCUCAUUCUUUGCUGCGGGGAUGAGCGCUUCGUACGCCAGGCUAGCUACUCCCAUGGACCCGCCCACAGAGUGUGCUCGCCAUCCGUCAACGGGACCUCCAUGGCACUCAGAUUGUCCUUCUUACCAAACCGGAGCUACUGCGACAAUGGAAGAAGGAUACUGGCCAACGAGCAGGAGUCCCAGGACUCUCUGGGAGCUCUCUGAGAAAGGACUUCUCCUGCAGGAGGUCAUCAACUGCUCCAAGUCUGUUUCUAUUCCAUGUUUUACAUGAUAUGAUAUAUUGAUCAUCACUGCUGAUCAUUCCAAGGUCUCAAGUCUGGAGGAUAGGACUCAACAGGUGCUGAUGUUUAACAAAAAGAGGGUCCAAUUUAGCACAAUUGAUGCAUCAGAAGUCAUAGUAGUGUAAAAUACAUAUAUUGUGAAAUAGUUUUGCACUUCAAUAAAAUGACAAGAUCAUACUACAUAAGUAGACAUUUUUACAGAAAAACAUCCAAAAUAGUUUGGAUUCAAAAUCUCGGAACAUUUUUAUCAGUUGAGAUAAUGCAGGGAUCAAUGAGGACAGCUUUGUUGUGGACUGUGCUAAAAUGACAUUUUGCCAGUCCUGAAUGUCACAUUUCAAUUCAGUAUUUUCUGACCUCAUUAUUGUGUUUGAAAGUAUUUUUUCUCCUGCAAUAGAAGCCAGAAUUGAAUCUUGCGUAGUUAGUAACAUGUAACUAUUGUUUCCAGGGACUUUCAACGAAAGAAAAAUGAGCAACUUUGUCUGACAUGUUUGAUCCUCUACAUCAGUGUUUUUCAACCACUGUGCCGCGGCACACUAGUGUGCCGUGAGAUACAGUCUGGUGUGCCGUGGGAGAUUAUCUAAUUUCACCUAAUUGGGUUAAAAAUAUUUUUUUGCAAACCAGUAAUUAUAAUCCGCAAAUGUGCUGUUGUUGAGUGUCGGUGCUGUCUAGAGUCCGGUAGAUUAACCAUGUAAUACUCUUCAAUAUCAAUAGGUGGCAGCAGGUAGCUAAUUGCUUGUGGUGAUCACAAUAUGCGGGAGGCAGCGUGUAGGUAAAAAGGUAUCUAACACUUAAACCAAAAAUAAACAAAAGGCGAGUGCCGCUAAGUGCUGCUAAGAAAAGGCAUUGAAGCUUAGGGGAACUAAACUAAAACUGAACUGGCUGCAAAGUAAACAAAACAGAAUGCUGGAUGACAGCAAAGACUUACAGCGUGUGGAGCAGACGGCGUCCACAAAGUACAUCCAUAUAUGACAUGACAAUCAACAAACUCCCCACAAAGACGGAUAGCAUCCUCACAAUUUAUAUAGUCUUGAUUGCAAAAACAAAGCAGGUGCGGGGAAUAGCUUUCAAGGCAGACAUGGAACUUACGAGAAAAUACCAACAACACAGGAAAAUCCACCAAAAUAGGAGCGCAAGACAAGAACCAAAACACCACACACAGGAAAACACCCAAAAAUUCUAAAUAAUUUACAGAGAACGACUUUUUAUUCUCAAUUUCAGGUGCUGGGUUAAAUUUUUGUAUGUUUUCUGCUGGUGGUGUGCCUCGGGAUUUUUUCAAUAAAAAAAAUGUGCCCUGGCUCAGCGAAGGUUGAAAAACAUUGCUCUACAUCAGCAUUAAAUGCUGAAUUACUAUUGUCAUUAUUAUUAUUAUUAUUAUUAUUAUUAUUAUUAUUAUUUGUGUUCACAGCAGCAGGAAGCAAGAAUUAAUAACACGCAUCUUUUCAAAAAAUGGAUCACAAGGCAGUCACUUCCUGUUAGGCCGUACUUGCCAACCUUGAAACCUCCGAUUUUGGGAAGU